UCAUACCGCUCUGGCAUUUCAUCGACCAUAUUCCGUGCAUCUUUCGGGAAACGUCGACGAAAUGCGAGGGCGGCUUGGAGCGGUCUGCAGCUGAUUCGCCUGCCCAACAGGGGGUUGCUUGUCAGCUGGUUUUCCGGCCAGGCCGGCUUCUGGUGGCCAAAGCCCGAGGUGCCAGUAAGUUAAUGUGGUAUGGGACCUUCACAAAAUGUAUCAAGUCAAUCAGCAGCUAUAGCUAUGGAGCCUCAGAAUGGCAUUUCUAAUGGUGAGAAGUCAUCGACAACUGAGCAGUCCAUUUCUUCUCCCGACACUCCAUUGAAUAGUCCUUUUCCAGAGAAUGAUAAAUCCACUCCAGAAGCAGUUUCUAGUGAUGCUGCUAAUUCAUCUAGCUCGAUUUCCAGCAGCGUAACCAAUGAAUCACCAUCGACCCAAGUAAUGGAGCGUCCCACAAAAGAAUCAUACAGGAUACCGUCUUCUGUGUUCACUAAACCAGAGUCUGGAAAAGAAACGGAAUGGAGUGUAGCCUCCAAUGAAUCAUUGUUCAGUAUCCAUUUGGAUAAUACGAGUUUUUCUAGAGAACAAUUCCUUUGGAACUCUGAAGAGAACGGAGAAGCUUCUGAGAGACGCAUGCAUGAUCUCUCUCCUGUAGCAUCAUCUAGGCAAUUGGCAAAGGGUGGGUUUGAUGGAGCAGAAACGUCUAUGAGAGAGUUCUUAAGGGACAGUAAAGAUCAAAAUCAUGGGGUAAAAUGUAAUGUUGAGGUGCGUCCUGGUCGUUUCUCUUAUGAGAGUACCACCAGUGCAAAAUCCUUUGCAUUCCCAAUAUUGACAGGGGAUGUAGAUAAACAGCCUUCAAAAAAGCUAAGGCCAGAAAAGAAGCAGCCUCAGCCAUUGCCAUUGUCAUUGCCAUCGCCCCAGGAAGAGAGAGAAUCAUUGGAGACCCCUCAAGCUGAGCAAAAGGUGGCUGCACCAAGAAAAUGGUUUUCAUGCUUCUUGUGUUGCUCAUCCUGUUCCUAGGAGAGACUUCAUCCUAAUUUUAUUCCCUUCACUACUCAAGUCAAUAUCUUAUUGCGUUAACGGCUGAAAACUUGAGGGUGACUUGUCGGGUAAAAAUUGAAGUCUGCAUCAUUGAUUCCCCCGCUCCCAUGUCAGGAUGGACACUAAUGCAAAGAAGAGUUACCGGUUAUUCAGUGAAGAAGAGUUAAAUGGAUUUUGGUUUUCAAGAAGACCAGAGAGGCAAUGUCACAAAAUACCAACCAAUAUAACAUUACAUCCACACUGAUGUCUACAGCUGACAGACAGUGUUCAUUCACAUUUUUGAAGACUGGCAAUUUUUGAAGAUGCCAGCCUUGAUCAGUUUCCAGUUUCAUUAAUAUGUAGAUGGUUAUAUUAAGUAUGACUUUCUGCUGUUGAAGAUAGCUUCUCUCCAUGGCAAUAGUUGGCAAUUUUCUUGGUUCAUGCUCAAGUCCAGUGGUAUUAUCUCCAUUACUGUCAUUGCUAUCUGGAUCUAUAGAGCACCAUGGUGGUUUCCAAGUCUUUUUUUUUGUUUGUUUUCUUGAGUGUGUAAGUAUAUGCAAUAUUCAUUUCCUUUUGCUAUAUAUAUAUUCUUGGCUUUUGUUUCUGCAAAAA